AUGGCCCCUUCUAGCCCUAGCAUGGUGCCAGCUGAUGGCAAUGGGCAUAGUGCACAAGGAAUGAGAAAGGUAAGCCCUGAUCAAUGGCUGAUACUUGACACUGGGGGGAGGGGAAUAGGAGUUUGGAAAAUAAUAUUUUGGGUGACAAAAAAGAGAUAAUCUUUAUUCAUCGGUUGUUUUGGGUCUUAUUACUUAGUUAGACAUUUUACCAUGCCAGACGAAGCUGUAUUUAUACUAAUGUAAUGUGUUUGUUCCUUUCUCCAGCUCAGGAAGCCAGUGAUUGAGAAGAUGAGGAGAGAUCGGAUUAACAGCAGCAUUGAGCAGCUCAGGGUGUUACUGGAGAAAGAGUUUCACAAACAGCAUCUUCCAUCCAAACCAGAGAAAGCGGAUAUUCUGGAGAUGACAGUGACCUUAUUGCAGCAGCACCUGGCUGAGAAAAGUAAGUAUCCUGACCUGUGUGUCUUUCACAUCAGGAGAAAUGAUCAUCUGUCACUGAGACUCAAACACUAAAUGAAAUAUCAUUCUAAUAAUGGUUUUCUCUUCUCUCCCUUUAGCUGCUCCAUCAUCCAGCCAGAGCUACACAGAAGGUUACUCCAAGUGUCUCCAGGUCUCCGAGUGCUUCCUAUCCCAGCACAGACAGGCAGAGGCCCAGGUGAAGCUGCUGCAGAACAUCCAUUGGACACAAACUCUUCCAGAAGGGGAAUUAUCUUCUAAAGUUACUUUUUAUCAGGCCGCAAGCAAACACACAGCACCAGAGACCACCAAAGUCAUGUGGAGACCCUGGUAGUCAAUCUAUGAGAUGAAUUGGACCUAUUUAAUGGUCAAGCAGUUACAGACCUUUUCCUGAGAUGACCUGUGAGAGACCUUUUUGGACUUCAACAAACUGGAAAUAGUAGCCCAUAUCACCAUAUGUCUGCCCACCUCACAUGGACAAUGUGCUUCUGUAGGCUUAUGAUUUAUCAUAUAAUGAUAGUGUAAGCAUGUUUACUAAUGCUAUUAGCCAAGUAUGUUUUAUAUUAAAACAACAGCUCAGGCCAGGAAUUACUGCAAUCUUACAUGAAAUGAUUGGAGUCAUUGGAUCAGGGCUGUAAUAGAUUGUUAACAAUGUUAUUAGUUUCCUUCUAUGAAGGUUGUUUUUUGCAGUGUGUAAUAAUAAUAUUAUUACCAUGUAAUUCUAGGUACAGUGUUAUUAGCUGAGUAGGG